AUGUCAUUUGCGGGCUUCCUUGAUAUUGCACGGAAGGACGUCGAUCUCCCUUCUACAGCUCCUAAAAGCUUACUGCAGAAUAUACAUGCAGACUUCAUCACGAAUUUUGAAAAGAAAAAAGAUUCUUAUGAGUACAUCAUGGCUGAGCCAUUGCGUCUAAGCGGUGUUUACUGGUGUGUGAGUUCGUUGUGCAUACAAAAUAAGCCUGACGCUCUCGAUAAGGAUGCCAUUGUAGAAUACAUCAAAGAGUGUCAGCGAUCUGAUGGCGGUUUUGCGCCUGCACUGCACCAUGACAGCCAUCUACUCCACACUCUGAGCGCGGUGCAAAUUCUAAUAAUGUACGAUGCACUGGAUAAAUUUGACCUGGAUUCUAUAGCUGAAUACGUCCGUCGGCUGCAAAAUGAAGAUGGUAGUUUCGGUGGAGAUGUGUCGAAUGAAGUGGAUACACGGUUCUCCUUCUGUGCUGUUGCUGCACUAUUCCUUAUCGACAGGCUGCACGUAAUUGAUCUCGAAAAGGCUGUUCAGUACGUGUUAAGUUGCUACAAUUUUGACGGUGGCUUUGGAACCCGACCAGGAUCAGAGAGUCAUGCUGGCCAGGUGUAUUGCUGCCUUGGAACAUUAUGCAUUGCUCGUCGUCUCGAAUCAAUUGAUAGGGAUCGAACUGCUGAGUGGCUAGCUCAACGACAGUGCGGUAGUGGUGGCCUAAAUGGACGUCCUGAAAAGCUACCGGACGUUUGCUAUUCAUGGUGGGUACUCGCUUCAUUGGCUAUGCUCGGUCGACUUGAUUGGGUUGAUAAGAAUGAUCUCAUCAAAUUUAUUUACGCUUGUCAAGACGAUGAGACGGGUGGCUUCGCAGAUCGACCAGGCGAUUGUCCGGACCCGUUCCACACGCUCUUUGGCAUCGCAGGCUUGUCACUAUUGGGUGAUGAUAGACUACGCCCAGUAGAUGCCGUAUUCUGUAUGCCGAAAUACACGUUGAAGAACAAAUCUCUCUGCUAA